CAAAAUUUUCUUACGGCUUCACCUUUUCAUAUUCAGUCAUGGAAUCGAUGCUCUCUCUCUCAGUGCAUGGCCGAGAGAAACGAAAAAGAGAAGACACAGAAUCGGCUGAUCAAAGAGACAAAAAAGCUAUGGAAGGUGCACUCUCAAUGGCUAUACACCCUCAUACCAAGCAGCAGAAGAUUACACGUGAUGUUCUUCCAUUGGCCCGAAGUUAUCAACUUGAAGCAUUGGACAAAGCUAUCCGAGAGAAUACCAUUGUGUACUUGGAGACUGGUUCUGGCAAAACUUUGAUAGCAAUCAUGCUUCUUCGCAGCUAUGCGCAUCACUUUCGAAAGCCUUCUCCUUUCAUUGCAGUGUUCUUGGUUCCCCAAGUUGUGUUGGUCUCUCAACAAGCUGAAGCUGUGAAAAUGCAUACCGAUUUGAAAGUGGGUGUGUAUUGGGGAGAAAAGGGAGUUGACUUCUGGGAUGCAGCGACAUGGAAACAAGAAAUGGAUAAACACGAGGUGCUUAUCAUGACUCCUGUAAUAUUGCUCAACUGUUUGAGGCACAGCUUCCUCAAACUGAAUAUGAUUAAGGUUUUGAUAAUGGAUGAAUGCCAUCAUGCUAGGGGUAGACACCCUUAUGCCCGCAUCAUGACUGAGUUUUAUCAUCAUCAGUUACAUUCUGGUAGCUCUGACCUCCCUCGAAUUUUUGGUAUGACUGCAUCCCCAAUUAAGACGAAAGUUGGAAAAUCUGAAUCAUCCUUGUCAGAGAAUAUUCGGAAACUAAUGACUCUAAUGCAUUCGAAGGUAUAUACAUGUGCAAGUGAAGCUGUCAUCACUGAGUUCAUACCAACGUCAACACCAAAAUUGAAAUUUUACGAUGAGAAUGGAAUUCAAUUUGUAUUAUUUGAAGAAAUAGCGUCUAAGCUCAAGAUGUUAAAAGAUCAGCAUGAACUCACUCUAGAAAGUUCAGAUUUCACUAGAUCAGCUGCUGAGUCUGCACAAAAAAGAAUAACAAAGAUGUUUGAUGCUUUGAUAUUUAGUCUGGGCGAGCUUGGUGUUUGGUUGGCUUUGAAGGCUGCUGAUUCUUUAUCUUCUAGUGAAUUUGAUUCGUUUUCAUGGGGACCCUCUGGGGAUAAAGUUGCUAAAAACUUUAUUUUGGCGUGUAUAGACACACUAAAAAGUUACUUGCAAUGUGAUGCUAAGUGGUCUAUUGGUGACAAUAUUAAAUUCGAUUUGGAGAUGGGGCUGUUGACCUCCAAAGUUUGCUGUCUUAUAGACUCUAUACUUGAUUACAGGGUUUUGAGAGACAUGAGAUGCAUAAUUUUUGUUGAAAGGAUCAUUACCGCCGUUGUACUUGAAGAUUUAUUCAAUACCUUGCUUCCAAAGUACAAUAACUGGAAGACUAAAUUCAUUGCUGGACACAACUUUAGAUUGAAAAAUCAGUCAAGGAAUAAACAGAAUGAAAUUGUGGAAGAAUUUCGAAUGGGAUUGGUCAACAUCAUUGUUGCAACAUCAAUUCUUGAAGAGGGUAUAGAUGUUCAAAGUUGCAAUGUAGUUAUUAGAUUUGAUCCAUCUCCUACAGUGUGCAGUUUCAUACAGUCCCGAGGCCGUGCUAGAAUGAAAAAUUCAGACUACAUAUUAAUGGUUGAGAGAGGGGAUUCAGCUACACGUUCUCGACUUGAGAAAUACCUUGCUAGUGUGGAUAUUAUGAGGAAGGAGUCCUUGAGACAUUCUUCCCUUCCAUGUGACCCUUUUGAAGGUGAUGACUUUGAUAAGGAAGCUUAUCAUGUUGCAAGCACUGGAGCCGUUGCAAAUCUUAGUUCUAGCAUCAGUUUGGUAUACUUGUACUGCUCACGCCUCCCUGCAGAUGGAUACUUUAAACCGACUCCAAGGUGGGACAAAGAAACUGGAACGUUGUGUCUUCCAAAGAGCUGUCCUCUACAGCCUAUUCGUGUAGUUGGUGACAAAAAACUCUUAAAGAAUAUUGCAUGCCUUGAAGCUUGCAAACAACUUCACAAGAUAGGAGCUCUGAAUGAUAAUCUUGUUCCUGAUAUUGUCAUUAAGGCAGCAGAGGUUGAAGAAUUUGGGAAUGAACCUUAUGAUGAUAUCCAACCAACUUACGUCCCAUUUGGAUUGGUAAGUUGUGUGUCAACUAACAGUCACACAAUAUACCACUGUUAUUUGAUGCAACUCAGUCAAAAUUUUAGCUAUGAUAUCUUUGUGGAAGAUAUUUUUCUUGCUAUGAGAAUUGAGCUGGAUCCAGAAAUUGUGUGCUCCCAAUUUGAUAUGGGUUUUGACAGAGGUAGUGUGUCUGUAAAGUUAAAAUACAAAGGAACCAUUAAUCUUUCGCAAGAUGAGGUUCUUUUGUGUAAAAAUUUCCAGGUCACGUUGCUUAGAAUUCUCAUACAUCAUGAUAUGAACGAGUUGCCAAUUGGUUUGGACAAAAGCUAUCUGCAAGAUGAUGUUGGUAUUGACUAUCUUUUGCUUCCAGCUAUUGGGAAAGGGGAGAAAUCACUUGUUAAUUGGUUAGCUAUCAAUUCUGUAAAUGCAUCUAAAGUUACGUGCACGUAUCAUCAACCCCACAUUAGGACAAAAAGUGGUCUAGUGUGCACUUGUAAACUACAGAAUGCAUUGGUUUGCACUUCCCAUGCUAGUGGUAAGAAUUAUUUCUAUAUCACCACCGGUGUAAUGGAAUUAGAUGGAAACUCGCCUUUGGAACUAAGGGUCGGUGGAUUCACAACAUACAAAAAUUAUUAUGAACAACAUCACGGUAUAUCAUUGCAAUUUGAACAUCAGCAGCUGCUUAAAGCAAGACACAAUUUUCAGGCUAAAAAUUAUUGUGAUGGACUCAAACAGAGUAAAGAACGAGAAGCAAGCAAGGCCUUUGUUGAAUUACCUCCUGAACUGUGUUCUAUAAUCAUGUCUCCAAUAAAAGAUAGUAUCAUUUAUACCUUCUCAUUUAUUCCAUCAAUCAUGCAUCGGAUUGAAUCAUUGCUUGCAGCUUUCAACUUAAAAAAGAUGCAUUUGGAUCAUUGCGCGCAGAAUGAAACUCAAAUAGUGAAGGUGUGUACAAUUGCUCACUGUUACAAUCUGGUGUUAGAGGCAAUAACUUCUAAAAGAUGCAAUGAAUCUUUCCAUUACGAAUCUCUAGAGACUCUUGGAGAUUCUUUUCUAAAAUAUGCUGCGAGUAAGAAACUUUAUGAAACCUAUGAAAGUGACCAUGAAGGUCUGCUAAGUGUUAGAAGGGCAAAGAUGAUUUCUAACGCUGCACUCUGCAAGUUAGGCUGCAGUUCAGGCCUUCCGGGUUUCAUACGAAAUGAACCAUUUGAUCCUCAUUCCUGGAUAAUUCCCGGUGAUAAAUCUGGGAGUUUUAAAAUAGAAGAGUUGAUUAUCAAAGGGAAACAAAUUUAUAUUUCUGGGAAAAGAAAAUUAAAACGAAAGCUUAUCGCAGAUGUAGUUGAGGCACUAAUUGGUGCCUUCCUAAGCACUGGUGGUGAGAAGGCUGCAUUGUUGUUCAUGGAUUGGGUUGGUAUUAAAGUGAAUUUUAAUAAAGUACCCUACGAGAGGCACUUUGACAUUCUACCGGAGAAACUGAUUAAUGUCAGCCAUUUAGAAUCACAACUGAAUUACUCAUUCCAUGACAGUUCUCUUUUAGUGGAAGCUCUGACCCAUGGUUCUUACGUGUUGCCUGAAGUUCGUAGAUGUUAUCAGAGACUAGAAUUUCUUGGAGAUUCAGUAUUGGAUUAUCUGAUUACUUGGCACUUGUACAAAAAAUAUCCUGGCAUGUCACCUGGGCAGUUAACUGACAUGAGAUCAGCUUCUGUGAAUAACGAUUGUUAUGCAUGGUCUGCCAUUAAGCAUGGUUUGCACAAACAUGUACUCCAUACCUCACAAGAACUUCAUAAGCAUAUUUCUAUAUCACUAAACAGUUUUGAUAAGUUGUCUUCAUCCUCAACUUUUGGGUACGAGUCAGAGAUAUCACUUCCUAAGGUGCUUGGAGACAUUAUAGAGUCUUUGGCUGGAGCGAUUCUAGUUGAUUCAGGAUACAAUAAAGAGGUAGUGUGGGAAAGCAUAAGGCCACUUUUGGAACCUCUUGUCACACCAGAUACAUUGAAGCUCCACCCCAUCAGAGAGUUGCAAGAAUUGAUACAAAAAAGAAAUUAUAAUAUUCUACAAAAGGAUGUGAAGCGAAAAGAUGGCGUGACCACUUAUAUAAUGGAGGUUGAAGCUGAUGGAAUCAUUCAUCACUAUGAAUAUCUCGGUCAUGCUCUUAAGGACACAGCCAAGAAGAUAGUCUACAAGGAAAUUUUGAAUUCCUUGAAGGAAGAACAGUUAUAAUAGGAUUUGGUACACAAGUUUUGACGGAUUAACCGAUCAUUUUAGGUUGAUAUGGAAAAAAUUGACACCUCUUACACUCGUUUGACACCUUUAUUUUCACUUUUCCUUUAAGAAAAACUGUAUCAAACGAGCGUAAGUGGUGUUGAUCUUUCAUUAGUUUUUCAAGGGCUAUACUAUAAUAUAAUAUUCCUCUGUACACGAAUUCUCACUGUAAAUUUUAUUCAUAUAAAAUAAAAACAGUUUAAAAUUCAA